AUGUCCACGACAAAUUCAGCAUCCUCAACACCCAACAGUACUCCCUCCCGCCAACGUACAGCUCCCCGUCCUCCACCUUCUCCACUCCGCCCCGACGCCCUCAACCUGCAUGCUCACACUCCCUCUCCCGCCUCUAACCUCUCUGCAGUCGCGGGCUCGAGCGGUAGCACACCCAGACGAGCAAGCACGCCUCUCUCUCCCGUUUCUAGCUCUGGUGGGAAGACUCGGGCACGAGAUCUAUUAAGAAAACAUUAUGGACUGGGUGUAGGCCCUCCACCGCCUUUGAGUGGGCCUAAUAAGCCGUUGGAUCCUAUGGACAUCGACUCACCUGCGUUCGACGCAAAGUCGUAUUACGAGCAACUAAUCACGACGUCCUCCCUUUCGGGUUUGUUAAAACGGGAGAACGAACUGUUGUCUGAAAUCCGACAACUCGAGAGUGAACGUCAAUCCCUAGUAUACAACCACCAUCAUGAACUCAUCGCAGCAAGUGAUACGAUAUCUGCAAUGAAAAAUCGGGCAGAAAGCGUCGACGCCGACUUGGACAAGCUGAGAGUCGCGUUCUCAGAGAUAUCUCGCUUGAACGAGGAACUUGGGAUCGAAAGUGCCGGGAACGACAACCGCUAGUCAAUCUACUCGGUACUACUUAACCAAGGGGUAUUAGGAGUCACGAAUUUCAAGGUCGGCACAACAUUCAAACAAAGCACAAAACUCGACAAAGAAGAAAGGUCCAUCCAUCAAGCAUCCCUCGUCUAAUCAUCAAACCCCAACUCCUUAUCCCUCUUCGCCCUCCUCAGCGCCGCACGCUCCUCGUCCCCCAAACACGCCCACCCAUCAACACUCUCUGCAAGCUCCAUCUCCCACUUCUCCUCCAGCUCUAACAUCUUCUUGCUCUUCUUUGGUGGCGGAGGACGAGGGGGUGCUGGGGGUGGUGUACGACGGUUUGGAUGGAGGGGAGCGAUGCGGCUGAGGGCUAGGCGGGAGGAUUUGGCUAGUGGGCUGUGUGAGUAGGAGUGGGAGUUAGAGGAG